GUGUGUAGGAUUAGCAGGAUUUUACUGAAGAAAGAAAGAAAAAGAAAGAAAAUAAGAGAAAGAAAAAAAAUAAGAAAUUGCAGCACAUAGUUUGAGGAUUUUACUGAAGAUGUUGAAAAUAUUUUAAGGAGGCUUCCUUAAGGACAUGCUGGACAUGUAUGGAAACAAACAGACGAUGUCACUGACUUCUGAUGAUGGACACAGUGCUUUUUAAGGACUCACAGUUACAGGAUUUUGAAACUUCUGCUUUGUUUGAGACUUUUUUCCCUGAUUUAAAGUGACUUUUUCAGACGAAUCUCUGCAUCUCCCACAUAUGUUCUUGAAGACAAUUGCUCUCCUGAGACAUGGAUAUGUGUGAACAUUUGUUAAGCUGACUUUAAAAAUAUAUCUCAUCUCAAAUAAAAUUAAAUAUGCAUUGCUUUUCUAUAAACAGUUCAACCGUUUUUGCCACAAAUUCACAUUUCUAGCUUGUUGAUGCUCCUGUUUAUUUGCCAGUGAAUGUGUCAUAAGCUGUGAGUGGAGAGCCAGCUGAUGACAUGAACUGCUGAAUAUUUAGCUAAUCCUCUGUGGAUACAACUAUUUUUUACAUUUAUUUUUGCCCUCAUCUAAAUCCUAAUCCAGGGGAAACAAAUCUCACCCGCUCACCUGAAGCUGCUUUUAAUCUAAAGAGAAAAGAGAGAUGGCACAGAAAGACGGAGGAACGGAGCAGGGGCGUGUCAAAACAGAUGAUAAUCUGGGGGCUAAAGCCAUGUCCGGGGGCCCUACAGCAGGUGGAGGAGUGGUGGUGGAGGUCAGGGAGAAGAAAGGCCCCCUGAGAGCUGCAAUUCCCACUAUGCCUUUCCCCUUGGCGGUCAUCUGUCUUUUUCUGAAUACCUUCAUACCUGGACUUGGCACCUUCAUCUCAGCGUUCACGGUGCUGUGCGGCGCUCGCAGUGAGCUGAUCUCAGAGCGAGGUGUUUGCUGUGUAUUCUGGCUCAACGUAGCAGCAGCCCUGAUUCAGAUCCUCACAGCUGUUAUCAUGGUUGGAUGGAUCAUGAGCAUCUUCUGGGGAAUGGACAUGGUCAUCCUGGCAAGUCAGUAGCAGCUACUAGUGUCUGUGUUUAUCUUCC